AGCAACAAAGCCCCAUUGCUCCUGCAUGGCAGACACGCUGCGCCCGCCCCGGGCUUCCCAGCCGACCCCAGUCCCUCGGCCCCGCUCCCGAGCCCCCCGCGAAGCCGUGGCCCCCGGCGGGCGGGCGGGUGAGGGGUGUGCACCCGCGGGUGUCUCUCUCGUGCGCUCUGUGGUUUUCUUUCCCUCGCACACUGAGAGUUUUGCGGUAGCUUCUCGGUGCUGAGCAGCCUCGGGGGCUGGGGCGCCGAAAACCCCGACCGAGAAGCUGGUGUUAUUUUCGAGCAAAGAAAAACCCCCCACAAAGGGCACGCGGGGCACGUCGCCCUGGCGCUCCGUUUCCACUGAGUCACCGGCACGUCGCACCCUCGGGGAGCGCGGCCGCCCCACGGCGCCCUAUAAAUCCCCAGCCGGGGGGCGGAUUUCGCACUGCUCCCCUGCCAGCCGGGAUGCCGAGGAGCGCCGAGCGCUUGCGCCAGGCCCCGAUGCCCAGCCCCACGUCAUCCCGAGUGCCCCAUGGCGACAGCCCCGCUGGCCCGACUGGCGGGGCCCAGAUCCGCCCCACGGUGCUCACCCACGGAACCAGCGCCCCCACCAGGAAGCAGCAGGUGCCACCAUACCCCCUGGCGAUGGGGGACCCCCAAACCACCCCCCACCUCCAGGCCCUGCUCCAGGACACCCAGCGCCAGGCACUGCUCAUCCAACAGAUGUCUCCGGAGCCCAGCGCCCGCCCCUCCAUCCUGCACCUCCAGCCCCCCGGCGUGCUGGUGCUGAGGUCCCACCACGGCUUGACACACGGGAUUAACAUCACGGGCGUGGAGUGGAUUCCGAGGGACCCGCCUGCCCCCCGCUCGCCAGACCAGUCCCCCCCACAGCGCUGCCCCAGCCCCGGGGACCACAGCGGCCAGACUGAGAGACGCCCCCGGCAGGACCCGCUCUGGGCACAGGACAGGGCAGCCCAGUGCCGGCGGCAGAGGGAGCUGGUCGAGCACCUGGAGGAGCAGGCAAUGUCAGCGAAGGGCCAGCGCUGCGCCUCCCAACCCCCCACCCCCUCGGGCUGGGCCCGGGCUGGAGCCGCCCUCCCCGCCCAGAAGGGGGCGCUGCAGCCGCCACUGACCCCCCAGGCCCACCCCUAUGUCAGCCACGGCACCGGCAUCUGCUCAGACCUGGGCCCCACCUUGGAGUUUUAUCGGUUCAGCAGGGCCCGGCCGCCCUUUACCUACGCGAUGCUGAUCCGCUGGGCCAUUCUGGGAUCCCCCCACCGCCAGCUGACGCUGAACGAGAUUUAUCAAUGGUUCAGCCGCAUGUUCGGCUACUUCCGCCACAACACGGCCACCUGGAAGAACGCCGUGCGGCACAACCUGAGCCUGCACAAGUGCUUCGUGCGAGUGGAGCACGUGAAAGGCGCCGUGUGGACCGUGGACGAGGCCGAGUUCCAGAAGAAGCGGAACCAGCGACCCCCCCCGUACCUGGAGCUGAAGCACCUGCUGCCCCCCCUGCCCUUCGCGCCCCCCUCCCGCCCCAGCCGAUGAGACACCCCCAGGGCACCUCCAGGGGCUGAGACCCCCCCUCGUGAGCC